AGAAGCCAGCACAUUCGCAUGGAACUGGAACGAGUUAUAAAGCAAUAGAGCCGGUUUGUUUGUAACGGAGCAACCAGUGUGUAUCUGAUUGGUUGUAGAACACGUCGUUUCAUGCCACUAUAGUGAAUCACAUAUGCAAUAGAAUUGCACUGUUGUUAAUCGGGAUACUCAAGAAUUCUCCAACGUUUUCUAAUCUGCAUGACCUUUCAACUACAAGGAUCAUCCAUUUGCAAACUAUACUCAAAGUAAAGCUCAAAACAGAUUUUUAAAGAACAGCAGUCCGUGUGCCGUGCUACUGGAUUGAGCCAGCCAAAUUUUCCAGACCAACGCUACGUUCAGUGAAAAAGAAGACAAGAAAUCAUGGAUCUUAAAUCGCUUUUGCUGAUGCUCGUUGCAUUAAACGUACUGCUUACUCUGACAGAAUGUGGACGAAGAAAAAAGAAGAGAAAGAGAGGAAGAAAUGACAAGGGCUCUGGAAAUCCUUCGACAACUGUAGACCCCUACCAGACUUGGCUCGCCUUUAUAGCCAGUCAGGAAAAGGAACAGAAGGAGGGCGUCAGAGCCAAUAACCCUCCGCGGAAGAGACAUAAGUCAAAAGGCCAAAGAUUUUCCUCAGUUGACGGAAUACCAGGACCCCCAGGACCACCUGGCCCACCAGGGCCUCCCGGAGCUCAAAUCACAGAAGCAUCGAUGAUGGCAAGGUUCAGAACAUUGGUGCAAGAAAGUGCAAGCAGAAGAACUCAAAGAUUUGCAGGUCAAUCGUAUGGCUUACUGGCAGCAGGUGUUCCUGAUGUGUUGUCGGGUUUUCAUAUUGAACUGAAUAAGAAGACAGAGGUACCUAGGAAAUCCACACUUGAACUCAGAAAUUUCGAGGCAAAGAAACACGGGACCUUUGUUCGAGGCAAUCGAAUGAAUCUCCUUAGUGGCAGGUACACAAUACCACACACGGCAGUUUACCAGUUUCAACUUUCUGUUCAUGUUGCAAGAUCUACAAGAGAAACCAAUUUGUUGAGAAAAGACUUUAUAACUGCAAUGAUUUGCAUAAAUGGCAAAUGCGACGAGAAUGCGAGUCUUUCAAGCACUUCAGGAUUGUCCAGCAAUAGCCGGAUAUUUUCAGUUCAUGCUCAAGGCAUCCUUCUACUUAUGGCCGGACAACACGUAUCAGUACACAUCGAGAACAAGUCAAACUAUCCUGUCAUCAUUCUUAAUGGUUCGGAUUUCUGUGGUAUAUUACUUGGAACGUGAGAAUGCCACAGCAAAACAACACCAGAGCGGCUACUUGAGAUUCUGUUACAGAAGCUACGCUUUAUUUUCCCGUUAAUUGAUGCUAUCUUAGCAAAGGAUUGAGUCAGCAUUUUAGUAUCGUAUACCAAGCCCAGAACAAUUGCAAUGAAAUUGCUCUUUUUGUGAUCACAUAUAUCGAAAUCGAUAAUUAUCAAAAAUCAGAUUUCCUCUUUUCUAGCAUAAGUCCAUUCUACUUUGCUAUUACAGUAUGAUUGUCUGAAUAAUCGUACCAAAAGAACAAAUUCAAUAAUCGUACCUCUUAAUUCAAAUUUUAAACCCAUCCCAACAUUCCGAUAAAGCAGGCGAUAAAGCAGCUUUUCUUUUGUCGGUUUUAUAAACAUUAGCCGGUCUAUAUAUUUUAAGACCAUAAGCAGUAUUCAUUCAUACAAAACAUUGCAUAUUUUUCUUACUAUUGACAAUUUUAUGAUAUGUUAGAAACUAAUGUUCUAAAAACAAACCUAUUUACUAAACUGUUCUUAUGUGUUCUGUUAUCAGUUCACUUUUUGUUACAACUAAUUUGCUAAGCAGAUCAUUGAAAGGGCCUAAGUGCUCUACUCAAAAAGCAAGCAAGCAACUCUCCAAGUUUUUUCAUACUGACUCAAUUACCUUUAAUAGAAAGCGUUUGAAGAAAAUUUUAUUUACUGUAGAUAUGAAAUUUUGUUUAUCUUGUAAGCCAAAAGUUUGGCCACUGACUGAAAGAGACCUCUGUGACGCCAAGUGCAGUGUUGCCAUGUACUGUGAUGUCAAGUUCUGAUGCUGUUUUGGACACACAAAGAAAUGUUAUUUCGUAUUAAAAUAUGCUUUAAAAGUAGUUUAAUGUAAUUGUAUUCCUUUAUUUAACAGUAAAUUUGAAACUUAGGAAAGUGAUUGUAAAAAGCACACAAAGUAACCUUUUAAAACGUCUCUUUCUUUUAGUCUUUCUUUGCAAUUCUUGU